AAACCCUUUUGUCUCCACUGUGAUUCUGUUUCAUACUCAGCCGAAGAAUUCGAGAGGCUUACUCGUACGUCUCCAGUCUCCUCCAACUCGGAGCCUCAUCGGUGGGAGAUUUGUUCGUGUAUUCGUAUCCCAACAGAUCUCCGAGUCCGAGCCCAGCCCGUCGAUAGAUACAUACAAUCACAUAUAUAUAUUAGAUACAGAGUCCCUGUAUGUAUCGACGUCUACCCACAGAAGCCACAUUAAAUUUGUAAUUAAUAAAAGCCUGCCUACGCCCUACAGCCAAAAAUAAAGAUUGGGUUUUUUGCAUUGGGGCCGGAGAAGGAGCAGGAAGACAAUAGACUCUGCAGUCUGCGCUUCACUGUGCAUGCUCUUCUUCCCCCUUUGUUAUUUUUCAUCUCUAGGUUUUGUUUAGAUCUGUGUUUAUCUUUUUUGGCCGGCGGCCGGAGGUGGAAGGGUUAGGGAAUUGAAUAAAGAGGCUGCAUUGUGGAAUUCGAUUUUUGUUAGGGUUGGGGGUUUUGGGGAUUUUGUUUCAAUUCUGGAGAUUUGGGGUUUUGGAUAGAUUUUGGGGAGUAGGAUGAAAGCCGGCCAGAAUAAUACGGAUAAGUUCAUCUGGGAAUCGAUGAGGUCGUCGGCGGUGGCGCCGGUGGCGGCGGCGCACGGCAAAGCCUUGCCGAAGCUUAUGGUGUGGCUGAUUUUAUUCGUGUCGGCUACUUACGCCCUUUACACAUUGAAGCUCGUAUCGUCGUCUUCACACGCCUCCUGCGACGAAGGCGUAUUCUCGAAGCGCCACACAGUCGUUCAUCUCGCCGAAUCGGUGAACGCCACCUCCGCGGCGGCGGCGAUGGAGCCUCAAUUGAACGAUUUACCGGCGAGGGAAUCGAACAAAACAGGGCUGGAGCACAUAUUCUUCGGCAUUGGAGCAUCGGCGAAGCUCUGGGGGAAGAGAAAGGAGUAUAUAAAGCUGUGGUGGAAGCCGGAGAUGCGAGGAAUCGUGUGGCUCGAAAGCCGGGUCAAGACUUUAAAGAACGAGGCCGGAAACCUACCGGAGCUGCGGAUUUCCGGCGACACGUCGCGAUUUCCUUACAAGAACAAGCAGGGGCACCGAUCGGCGAUUCGGAUUUCAAGAAUCGUGUCGGAGACGAUCCGGCUGGGAGGAAUGGACAAUGUGCGGUGGUUCGUGAUGGGGGACGACGACACAGUGUUCGUGACGGACAAUUUGGUGAGGAUCCUGAACAAAUACGACCACAACCAAUUUUACUACAUCGGGAGCUCCAGCGAGAGCCACUUGCAGAACAUAUAUUUUUCUUACAGUAUGGCUUACGGCGGCGGCGGCUUUGCAAUAAGCUAUCCUCUGGCCAAAGCUCUGGAGAAGAUGCAAGAUCGAUGCAUCAAAAGGUACCCCCGACUGUACGGCUCCGACGACAGAAUGCAGGCCUGUAUGGCCGAGCUCGGCAUUCCACUCACCAAAGAAUGGGGCUUUCACCAGUACGAUGUUUACGGGAACUUAUUCGGGCUGCUAGCGGCGCACCCGGUGACGCCGUUGGUCUCGUUGCACCACCUCGACGUGGUGGAACCGAUCUUCCCGAACGUCACUCAGGUCGAGGCUCUACGACGCCUGUCGAUCCCGACGAAGCUCGAUUCGGCGGGGCUGAUGCAGCAGUCGAUUUGUUAUGACAAGGCGAACAGCUGGACGAUCUCGGUCUCUUGGGGGUUCGCUGUCCAAAUAUUCCGGGGCGUGCUGUCCCCGCGCGAGAUGGAAAUGCCGUCGAGGACGUUCUUGAACUGGUACAGGAGAGCUGACUACACGGCGUAUGCGUUCAACACGCGCCCCUUCAUGAGGAACCCGUGCCAAAAGCCUUACGUUUUCUAUUUCGAAAAGGCGAGCUCGGAUUCGGACGGGGGACAGAUAUUGACGGAGUACGCGCACAAUCGCACUCCGCAUCCUCUUUGCAAGUGGAAGAUCGCCGACCCGGUGUCGCUCGACACCGUCGUGGUUUUCAAGAAGCCGGAUCCUCGACUAUGGGAUCGGUCUCCGAGAAGAAACUGCUGCCGGGUGAUGAACACUGAGGGGAAUGUAAUGGCGAUCGACGUUGGGGUUUGUGAGGACGAUGAGGUAAGUGAAGUAUGAUGCCAUGGAAGAAAGAACAGCUUCUUACUGUUAUUAUUAUUAUUAUUAGAAGUAUUCCUUUAUUUGUUCUUGUAUCAAUUCCCUUAUUAUUAUUAUUAUUGUUAUUAGUUUUCUAGCUUUGAGUUUUUACUUUAUUAUUAAUUUUUUUCUUGAUUAUAUAUAUAUAUAUGUAUUUAUGUGGGGCUGAGGAUGCUGACAUGUGCCCUAGUUUUGUUUUUGUGUAAAGAAUUUGAAUAAAUUGUGAAGAUGGUGAUGAAUUUUGUUGUGAA